CUUGUCUCCCAUCACCUUCUCCAAACAGACGUACAGGACCAACCGCCACCGACCUGAACUGAACUCGGUCCACAGCUUGACCACACCGCUCGUCCACAAUGUCUUUUGCAUUUGCGGUCAUGAUGAUGCUUCUUGGCUCUGCAGUGGUGUCUUCGUUUGUCCUGCACCCAUCCAAGAAAGAGGCUGCAAUCUCUGCAAAUGCCAAUCAAAGGUGCCCAGAUGAGUCACUGCAAUCGACAAGGAAGAGUCUCCUCGGGGCUCUCAACAUGCAGACUGAACCACAGCUGCCUGCUGGGUUCCUGGACAGCAUCCGAGAACAGUGGCAAAGAGCAUUUAGAACCACUUCUCUGAGUGCCAAGGACACUGCAACCAUCAUCGACUCUUCGUCGGCUGAAAAUGGGAACAGCACUGGCCUUAAGUGUUGUUCCAUGUCCUCUGUGGUCUCCAUGAAAGAUCUGGGCUGGGACAGCUGGGUGAUCCACCCUUUGAGCCUGACUAUUGUUCGGUGUGCGCUGUGCAACUAUGUGGACAACACCAUGCAGUGUCCAUCCUCCUCCAGCACCCAGGACUCGCAGGAUAAUUUGCCAUGCUGUCAGCCCGCCUCCCAGGAAAUGGCGUCCAUUGUCUACAUGGAUGAAAGCGGCGCCAUCACCAUCUCCUCGGUGCAGCUGACCCGCAGCUGCGGCUGUGGACCUGGGAACACUGAGCAGCAGGGCAAAAAGUAGGCUGCCUGUUGUCCUUCAGUCCUCAGGAAGUGAUACGAGCCACUCUUCUGUAUCUGACUUCUCUUCACACACAGGCCUAUUGUCUCCUGAGCUCAAAAGCCCACCUGCACUGCGGACUGUUUUCUCUAUCUUCAAUUGUUACUCAGUGUGUUCGGCGCACGAGCGUGGGAACCAAAGCAAAGUCUCAGUUUUGCAUUCCUUCUGCAGCGCUGUAGCAAAAACAGAUUUUUUUGUGCCUGCCAGUCAUGAAAAUUAAGUGCUGCACAUUUGCAAUCUAAAUAUUUAUUGGUUUUUUUUAAGUACCCAACACACAAACUAAUGUUAAUAAAGCAUUUAACUUCUAAAAAAAAAAAAAAAGCUCAGAAUCUCUGGCACUAAAAACAACCUUUGUGAAGUUCAGCUGCCGUUUGUGUAAUAAAUCUCAAGAGUACAGAUCAGAUAUUUAUAGCUGCUAAUAGUUACGGAGUGUUCCCUCUAAACAUCCAGGACUGCCUGUGCCAAAUGCUGAACAAGCCAGUCCUCUCCGGUGUGAAAGCACCAUGUCCUCUGAUGGUAAAAAAAUUCUGUUUAGCCAAAACCCUGUGAAGCUGCACGGACCAGCCUUAGUCUCAACAGAGAAAAGACACACACGAGUCUGAAAAUACACUAAAUUUGAACCUAUGUAAAAACAAAACAGAUAGUUUUUUCUAUGCACUUAAGAAAACUAAAAACUUGCAGUGAUAUAAUUCAGCAUUGUGUAAAAAGUAAUGAAGUUCUUCUUGACCUCUAUAAAGCACACUUGGCAGCCUUCAGAAACACAAGAUAUGUUGUUUUGGUUUAAUUACAGUGUGGCUCUGAUUUGUCUCACAUGUUUGCUAGAAAAACAGCUGCAGGAUGAACUUGGUGUCGGUUUAAGCAAAGCUUUAUUUUCAAGUUUGAACAGUUUGAAAAGAAGUACACACACUCGCGCGCACGCGUGCACACACACACACACACACAUACACACACACACAAAAAAAGGUGCUCUGCAAACACAACAGUCCAAAUUAAACCAGGGGAAAAACAUUGUUUAUUCAAGGGUUUUGGUUUAAACUAGAAACAAGUUCAAGAUUGUUUUCUUUCCACAACUUUACAUGAUUUUUAAAAAAGUAUUUUUAAACUCAUUUUUCUUUCUGUAUAAACACAAACCU